CUCGGCCACACAAAGGCCCGUCUCCAUGGCAGCCGCGCGGGCCGGAGCGCAGCGCCGAUCGCGGCCCGGGCGCCAUCGAGCCUCGGCGGCGGACGUGCAGGGUGCCGAGGGCGAUGUCUCUGCAGCUCUGGGCCCUGGCCCUCCUGGGCCUCGUGGGCACAAGUGCGGGCCUGCGGCCCCGAAAGCUGGACUUCUUCCGAAGCGAGACGGAGCUGAACCACCUGGUUGUGGAUGAGGCCUCGGGCGUGGUGUACGUGGGGGCGGUGAACGCGCUCUACCAGCUGAGUGCCAGACUCCAGCUGGAGCAGCAGGCGGCCACGGGCCCGGCCCUGGACAACAAGAAGUGUACGCCCCCCAUCGAGGCGAGCCAGUGCCACGAGGCCGUGCUGACCGACAACGUCAACCAGCUGCUGCUGCUCGACCCUCCCGGGAAGCGUCUCAUCGAGUGCGGCAGCCUCUUCAAGGGCAUCUGCGCCCUGCGUGCUCUGAGCAACAUCUCUGUGCGUCUCUUCUAUGAGGACGGUAGCGGCGAGAAGUCCUUCGUGGCCAGCAACGACGAGAGUGUGGCCACGGUGGGGCUGGUGAGUGCCACGAGCCCCGGUGGCGAGAGGGUUCUGUUCGUGGGCAAGGGCAACGGGCCCCAUGACAACGGCAUCAUCGUGAGCACCCGCCUGCUGGACCGGACCGAGGGCAGGGAGGCCUUCGAGGCCUACACGGACCACGCCACCUACAAGGCCGGCUACCUGUCCACCAACACGCAGCAGUUCGUGGCCGCCUUCGAGGACGGCCUCUACGUUUUCUUCGUCUUCAACCAGCAGGACAAGCACCCGCCCCGCAACCGCACGCUGCUGGCGCGAAUGUGCAAGCAAGACCCCUUCUACUACUCCUACCUGGAGACAGACCUGCGGUGCCUUGACCCCGCCGACCCCCAGGCCCCGGCCUUCGGCACCUGCUUGGCGGCCUCCGUGGGUGUGCCGAGCGCCGACAGAGUGCUGUACGCGGUCUUCAGCAGGGACGGCCGGAGCGGCGGGGGACCCCGUGCGGGCCUCUGCCUGUUCCCCCUGGACGAGGUGCACGCCAAGAUGGAGGCCAGCCGCAACGCCUGCUACACGGGCACCCGGGAGGCGGGCCGUGACACCUUCUACAAGCCCUUCCACGGCGAGAUCCAGUGUGGAGGCCACGGGCUGGGCGCCAGUGAGAGCUUCCCGUGUGGCUCUGAGCACCUGCCUUACCCGCUGGGCAGCAGAGACGGACUCACAGCCACAGCCGUGCUGCAGCGUGGAGGCCUGAACCUGACAGCCGUGAUGGUGACCGCGGAGAAUGGCCACACUGUUGCCUUCCUGGGCACCUCAGAUGGCCGGGUCCUCAAGGUGUACCUUGCCCCGGAUGGCAGCUCCUCGGAGUACGGCUCCAUCCUCGUGGAGAUCAGUAAGAGGAUCCAGCGGGACCUGGUGCUGUCUGCAGACCUGGCCAGUCUUUACGCUCUGACCCAGGACAAGGUGUUCCGGCUUCCCGUGCAGGAGUGUCUGAGCUACACGACCUGCACACAGUGCCACAGCUCCCAGGACCCCUACUGCGGCUGGUGUGUCGUCGAGGGACGAUGCACCAGGAGGGCCGAGUGCCCACGGGCUGAGGAGCACGGCCACUGGCUGUGGAGCCGUGACGAGUCCUGCGUAGCCAUCACUGGGGCCCAGCCACAGAACAUGAGCCGCCGGGCCCAGGGCGAGGUGCAGCUGUCUGUCAGCCCCCUCCCGGCCCUGAGUGAGGACGACGAACUGCUGUGUCUCUUUGGUGACUCACCACCACACCCGGCCCGUGUGGAAGGCGACGCCAUCAUAUGCAACUCCCCGAGUAGCAUUCCUGGCACGCCGCCUGGCCAAGACCACGUGGCCGUAAACAUCCAACUGCUCUUCAGACGCGGCAGCAUCUUCCUCACCUCUCACCUGUAUCCCUUCUAUGACUGCCGGGAGGCCAUGAGCCUGGCCGAGAACCUGCCGUGUAUCUCCUGCUCAAGCAACCGUUGGACCUGCCAGUGGGAUCUGCGCUACCACGAGUGUCGGGAGGCCUCCCCCAACCCCGAGGCCGGCAUCGUCCCCGCCCACAUGGAGGACAGCUGCCCCCAGUUCCUGAACCCCAGCCCGCUGGUCAUCCCCAUGAACCACGAGACGGACGUGACCUUCCAGGGCAAGAACCUGGACACAGUGAAGGGUUCCUCUCUGUACGUGGGUAGUGACCUGCUCAAGUUUGAGGAGCCGGUGAGCACACAGGAACCAGGAACCUUCUUCUUUCGGACACCAAAGCUGUCCCAUGACGCCAACGAGACGCUGCCCUUGCACCUGUACAUCAAGUCCUACGGCAAGAACGUGGAUAGCAAACUCCAGGUCACUCUCUACAACUGUUCCUUUGGCCGGAGCGACUGCAGCCUGUGCCUGGCCGCCGACCCCGUGUACAAGUGUGUGUGGUGUGGCGGGCAGAGCAGGUGCGUGUACGAGGCUCUGUGCAGCAACGCCACCUCCGAGUGCCCGCCGCCCGUCAUCACCAGGAUCCAUCCUGAAACGGGCCCACUGGGCGGGGGCAUUCGCAUCACUAUCCUUGGGUCCAAUUUGGGGGUCAGAGCGGAUGACGUCAAGAGGAUCACCGUGGCCGAGCAGAACUGCGUCUUUGAGCCAGAGCGCUACUCUGUGUCCACCCGGAUCGUGUGCACUAUCGACGCUGCAAAGAUGCCCAUCACGGCCGGUGUCGUCGUGGAUGUCAAUGGGAAGCUUGGUCAUUCGCCGCCCCACGUCCUGUUCACCUACCAGCAGCCCCAGCCCCUCAGUGUGGAACCAAAGCAGGGGCCACAGGCAGGCGGCACCACGCUGACCAUCAAUGGCACCCACCUAGACACAGGCUCUGAGGAAGACGUGCGGGUGACCCUCAAUGACGUCCCUUGUAAAGUGACACAGUUUGGGGCCCAGCUGCAGUGCGUCACUGGCCCGCAGGCAGCUCUGGGGGAGCUGCCCCUAGAGAUUUACUACGGGGGCUCCCGUGUGCCCAGCCCUGGUGUUGUCUUCACCUACCGCGAGAAUCCAGUGCUACGUGCCUUUGAACCGCUGCGAAGCUUCGUCAGCGGUGGCCGUAGCAUCAACGUCACGGGGCAAGGCUUCAGCCUGAUCCAGAGAUUCGCCAUGGUGGUCAUCGCUGAGCCCUUGCAGUCCUGGCGGCGGAGGCGGGAGGCCGGCCCUCUGCAGCCCACGACGGUUGUGGGCACGGAGUACAUGUUCCACAAUGACUCCAAAGUGGUCUUCCUGUCGCCGGCGGUCCCCGAGGAGCCCGAGGCCUACAAUCUCACGGCGCUCAUCCAGAUGGACGGGCACCGCGCCUUGCUCAGGACCGAGGCCGGUGCCUUUGAGUACGUGGCUGACCCCACCUUUGAGAACUUCACGGGGGGCGUCAAGAAGCAGGUCAACAAGCUCAUCCAUGCCCGGGGCACUAAUCUGAACAAGGCGAUGACGCUUCACGAGGCCGAGGCCUUCGUGGGCGCUGAGCGCUGCAUCAUGAAGACGCUGACCGAGACGGACCUGUACUGCGAGCCCCCCGAGGUGCAGCCCCCGCCCAAGCGGCGGCAGAAGCGAGACACGACACACAACCUGCCUGAGUUCAUCGUGAAGUUUGGCUCCCGAGAGUGGGUGUUGGGCCGUGUGGAGUAUGACACGAGGGUGAGUGAUGUGCCACUCAACCUCAUCCUGCCGCUGGUCAUCGUGCCCAUGGUGGCCGUCAUCGUCGUGUCCGUCUACUGCUACUGGAGGAAGAGCCAACAGGCAGAGCGCGAGUACGAGAAGAUCAAGUCCCAGCUGGAGGGCCUGGAGGAGAGCGUGCGGGACCGUUGUAAGAAGGAGUUCACAGACCUGAUGAUCGAGAUGGAGGACCAGACCAACGACGUGCAUGAGGCGGGCAUCCCCGUGCUGGACUACAAGACCUACACCGACCGCGUCUUCUUCCUGCCCUCCAAGGACGGCGACAAGGACGUGAUGAUCACGGGCAGGCUGGACAUCCCCGAGUCACGGCGCCCAGUGGUGGAGCAGGCCCUCUACCAGUUCUCCAACCUGCUAAACAGCAAGUCCUUCCUGGUCACUUUCAUCCACACCCUGGAGAGCCAGCGGGAGUUCUCAGCCCGCGCCAAGGUCUAUUUCGCGUCCCUGCUGACGGUGGCGCUGCACGGGAAGCUGGAGUACUACACGGACAUCAUGCGCACGCUGUUCCUGGAGCUCAUGGAGCAGUACGUGGUGGCCAAGAACCCCAAGCUGAUGCUGCGCAGGUGA